AAAUAUGUUAUUACAAGGAAAGAAUGUGCGGUGGGUCGUGCCGUCGUGGGCCUGUACAACAUUCUUCGCGAAGUGUCUGAAAUGGAACAGCUAUUUCUCUUCUCUACGCCACUUUUGAGCCAUCUGAUGGGUCCUGAUUUCUGGUUCCCGCGAGACUUGCAUGUCAAGAAACGAAACGCACCAUCGCGGUUGAAAACAGCAAAAUCCAACUCCUCCGCUAUCUUUGUCGAUUUGUCUGAGAGCCUAAAAGCCAAAAUUUAACCCAAAACUAAAAAGCAGGAACAAUAUGAUGAAUAUCAAGGCAUUGUUGACGAGAGGUGUUCGAAACUUAAUCGAUGUAACGAAGAUUUCUUCUUCUCGUUCCUUUUAUUGCUCUCUUUCUUCAACCUCCUGUUCAAGCGCAUCCCGGACUUCUUCCGGCGUCGUUUCGGACGCGUCUACUGCUGCUGCUGGCGUUGACGAUGUUGCCGAAGAAGAAGAAGACCAGGAUCUGGUGUACUCCGACACCGUUGCUUCUUCGAUCCUCAAGCCCGCCAUUCCCACUCUCCUCCAGCCACGUGUCGUCGUUUACGACGGCGUCUGCCACCUUUGCCACCGAGGGGUGAAAUGGGUGAUUGAAGCGGACAAGUACAGGAAGAUCAAGUUCUGUUGCCUUCAAUCGAAGGCUGCCGAGCCAUACUUGAGUCUGUGUGGCGUUGACCGAGAGGAUGUUCUCCGUCGCUUCUUGUUCAUCGAAGGCCCGGGCUUAUAUCACCAAGCAUCAACUGCUGCCUUGAGAGUAAUGUCAUACUUGCCAUUGCCAUACUCUGCUUUAAGCACACUAAUGGUAGUACCAACUCCACUUAGGGAUGCUGUCUACGAUUAUGUAGCCAAGCGAAGAUAUGACUGGUUUGGGAAGAGUGAGGACUGUCUAGUUUUGCGAGAGCAAGAGCUGCUUGAACGUUUCAUUGAUAGGGAAGAAAUGAUGGAUCGCAGUCGGUCAGAUUUGUAAUUAGAUUCUGCAAUUGCUAUACUCACUUUUUGGCUUGUAGACGAUGUCUUGGCUCAUAUUCUUAAGGAGACAGAAAUCUGAAGUUGUACAUGUGGGGUGUUGCUUAGUAGAGCUGUUUGCUCUGAGUUUUAUUACUGGGAUUAUAGAUGAUUAGAUACUGCUCAACACGAUUCAAGUUCAAUACUUUUGACGUUCUAUUAAAUGUUAAUGUUUUAAAUAGGAAUGUCAAUAUGUGACACGACUUGGGGUGCCUCCAAGUAUUGCUUGGGAUUUGACAGAACUUGAAGCGUUCAGAACAUGUAAUACAAUAUCACAUAUUUUUGUUCAUGACA